AUGAGAUAUAUUCGAUGUGUUGGGAGAAAAAUUCAUGGUACCAAUCUGGUUAGUAACACUCUUAAAACUGUUUUCCCCACAAAUAGCGUCUAUAAACCUAGAAAUGAAGUUGCUAUCGUCGUCAUUGGCGCUGGACUAGCCGGACUUUCAGCAGCAAACCAUCUGAUUAAACAUGGUUUUAAGCAAACAAUAGUUCUAGAGGCAACCGAUCGAUUUGGUGGACGAAUAAUAUCGAAGCAAUUUGGUGAUGCCUAUUGUGAAUUAGGUGCAAAAUUAGUGCCGAUAAAUGCGAAGAGUGACACUGUCUAUAAUAUUAUACAGAAUAUGAGGGGUCUACCAAAAAAGGUGAUUCCAACCAAAGAUAAAAUGUAUGUGAAUGCGCUUGGUGAAAAAGUAGAUAAAACUUUGCCGGAACUGAUAGAUAGACUCUACAAAAGACUUUGUUCACAUAUCCAGUUUGAUGAAAAAUAUAAAACUGGAUCUAUGGAUGACCUUAAUAAUGUACAUACAUAUUUUCAUGCAGAAAAAUCCAAACUGCUGAACUCUAUUUUCAAUGGAGAAGAUAGAAAAACUGCGAAUGAAAUAUUUAAUUCACUCAUCAAGGAGUUCGGUAGUCUUUUAGGAUGCUCAUUGGAAUAUGUUAAUAUUGAGCAUAUAACGAAGUUAAAAGGUAAUGUAACAAGCGGCAACUACAUUUACAUACCAACAGGCCUGGAUAAUAUAUUGACAGUAUUGACAAAAGACCUUUGCAAUACACAAUUACGAAUAGGUAAACCAGUUGGGGAAAUCCAUUGGUUUAUACCAUCAGAAAAAGGCGGAAAGUGUGUCGCCUGCUUAGACGGCGAAGUAUUUCGAGCGGAUCAUAUAAUUUGUACAGUACCUUUAGGUGUACUAAAAAUUUUUUCUGAAAAUAUGUUUAAGCCGUCCUUACCGCCAAGCAAAUUAUGUUCUAUAAAGAAGCUUGGUUUUGGUACACCAGUUAAAAUUUAUUUUGAAUAUGAAGCUAACAUAGACGUCUGGUUGAAGAGCAGUUUGCGUCCAUUGUGGAAUGCUGAAAGUGUUAACUGCGACAUGUCGUGGACAAAACAAAUAGUCGAGAUUUCAAAGAUGCCCAAAAGUAAUCGCGUUGUUGAAAUUGUUAUAGGAGGUGCUUUUUACGACAAAAUAGAAAAACUACCAGAUCUUGAAGUGCUAACCGAAAUAACAAACUUAUUACGUAUGCGGCUAAAAAACUCAAAUAUACCUUAUCCUACUUCAAUGUUACGUUCUAAUUGGAGUUCACUCGCUUGUUAUCUGGGUGGUAGACCCUACUUCUCCACCGGCAGCACUAUUAAUGAUGUUUUGACAUUGGCCGAGCCUUUGGGUCCAAUGGGAAGCCUACUUUUCGCUGGUGAUGCAACCAUAGUGGAUGGUUUUGGUACUGUAGAUGGUGCACAUAAGAGUGGCAUUAGAGAAGCACAACGAAUAAUAGACCACUACAAGAGACGAGCUGCGUAAACCAAAUGCCUUCGUUGUCAAUGAACCUAUUGCAUUACAUCUACAGAUGUCAUUAGCUGCUUCACUCACUUCUUUCCAAGAAUAUUCCAUAUCUUCAGG